UCUAGCAGUGAAAGUAAUGGCGUUUAGUGUUGAUGUUUACAAAAGAAUAACAAUAAUAAAAAUCACAAAAAAUGCAUAAAAACUCAAUAAAAAUGUGAUUAUUUUACUCAAAAUUUUACUCCCUUGUGAUGCUGUGCAAUUUUGUGUAUAAUCCUUAUUUUUGUCGAGAAUUUUAAUGAAAAUGACCACAUCAUCUGUAGAAUUUCGUCUUGUGAAUAACAUUACUGUAACAAUUCCUGUUUCAUCUCUUCCACUUUUUCAACAAGUGUCUCAGUCUCAGGCACCUCUUCCGGAAACCGAAAAUGCUCAAAAAGCCCCGAAAGAAUCUCAAGAAAUCCCUAACAUAUCUACAAACUGUCCAUUUGACGCUGUAAAGGGAAAUACUAACUGUGAUACUGCAGAACAUCUCAAGAAUUCUAACAUUCCAAGAGAAAUCUCCCAGGAGAAAAAAUUUUCUCCUGAUGAGCCAAAAAAGAAGACCCCAAAAAGGGGAAAGGCUAGGGCAAAGAAAGAAAUACUUCUCGCAUACAAAUGCAAAGAAUGUGAAGAAAAAUUCCCACUAAUUUCUAAACUUUAUCUGCAUUCUUUGAAAAAUCAUUCAAAUCAAGCUCAAAAAUCGCACAAAUGUUACUUCUGCCCAGGAAGUUUUGAUGAGAAAUCGUCAUUUAUCCGUCAUGUGCUCCUUCAUGGACAUUCAAAAAUACUUGAAUGCCCAGACUGUUCUUCCAUUUUUGUUCAACUCAAAUCAUUUCUUGAGCAUAUGGAUAAUCAUGAAGUGUUAAAAAAUCAACUGGUUUCUCAGGAAGAACCUUUAUUGAAAAAUCCCAGAAGAGAAGAAGAAGCACUAGAAACAGUCUCAGAUUGUGAAGACGCGACUCUUCACAGCCCUGAUAUACAGGAAACUGAAGAAAUAGAUCAAGAGCAAAGGACAGAGUCUCCGAAAAUCGCCAAGAAGCGACGAAAUGCAAAUGUUCAGGGAACACUCGAAUGGCAGAAACGAGACAACAAAAACCGCCCCUUUACUUGCAACAUUUGCAAUCGAUCCUUUACACUGGCCAGCACUUUGUCUCUGCACACGAGACGCACUCAUCUGGGAAUACGCCCAUACGAAUGUGCAGAAUGCGGCUGGAAAUUUGGUCAAUCGAGCGAUCUGACCAAGCAUAUGAGGAAGCACACAGGAGAUCGGCCCUACAAAUGCGAAACUUGUGGAAUGAGCUUCAGCCAACUCAGGAAUCUCAAGAAUCACUCGAAGAUGCAUGUUGAAGAGCCCAGCAAGUGUAAAUAUUGUGGUAAAAUGUUUGCCAUCGACACGAGUCUCCAGGUGCAUCUGAAGAAGCACGAAGGGCCAGAAGCUGAGCCUUGCGAAGCUUGUGGAAUCCCAUUCACUGAAGCUAAAGAUCUCGAAUUGCAUUGCAGGAGGCAUCACAGAGAAAGCAGACCACACAAAUGCCCUGACUGCCAGAAGUGUUUCAGCAAGAAGUGCGACAUGAUCAAGCACCAGAGAAUUCACACGGGAGAGAAGCUUUUUGUCUGUGCCAUCUGCCAGAAGUCCUUUACACAUCCCACGAGUCUCAGGAAUCACGCAGCUGUGCAUUCAGGUGAAAAACCCUUUCAGUGUUCAGCAUGCGGUCGAGCUUUUGCCUUUGCGGGAAAUCUCAAAGUCCACAUGAGAUCCCACACAGGGGAAAAGCCCUAUCAGUGCAAUACCUGUGGGAAAUUCUUCAGUAGAACGGCCAAUCUCAAUGAACACGUGAAAAUACAUACGGGUGAAAAAUCCUACAGAUGCGAUGCAUGUGGAAAAGCCUUUACCAAUUCCUCAACAUUCUCCAAGCACAAGAAAAUCCAUUUGGGCGUCAGACCGCAUACUUGCAAUCUCUGUUCCAAAUCCUUCAUCCAGUACGCCCAUCUGGCAAAGCAUCUGCGCAUUCACACGGGAGAGAAGCCCUAUCAAUGCAGCAUCUGUGGAAAAUUCUUCAGACGCACCGAUACACUUUCCAGUCACAUGAAAACCCAUCGGAAAGCGGAAAAUCCCAAAGACAUUCCACCAGAAACCAUCCAUUUUACCUUCACAGCGGCAGGUGAUCAAAUUGCUGGACAAAUUCCACUGAUCCAUUGCACAGAAUCUCCAGGGAGGAUUCUACAGCCUCAGGAGGGACACUUUGACUCAAUUGGACAAACAAACCCUCCCAUACUCAUCACACACCUCUGAUAGAUAGCAAAAGAAAAAGACACGGAUUAGUUUUUUGUUUCCUUCAGAAGGAAUCAUUCCAUUAAGUUUUAAUCACUGAAAUAAAUCACGGUGUCAAGGAAUAAAA